UCCUAGAUGCUGAGCCCUUUAAGAAGGGGAAGGUAAACCAGAGCCCUGAGAUUUUAAGCUGGUUGUGCUGAGGCUGAGAAAGGGCUAUGGCAGUGCUUUCAAUUCUUCCUUCACCUAACACAGACACCUCUAGCUGGGCAGCAGGGAAAAGGAGCAGGAUGGAGGCCAGUGCAGGCUGAGCACAGACAGAUCUUGGAGGCUGCAGCAGCUAGGAAGGGUAGGGUUUUGGAAGGAGAUUUGUCUGUAGGGGCUGGGAGUGCGUGGUGCUCACCAUGUGCGAGAAGCUGUGUUUUCGUGGAGCUUGUAGCAUGAGGGCUGGCUCUGAGGCAGAGCAAAGGGCAGGGUAAAUGAGGAGAGCGGUGCCCUGGAGUGAUCAGCAUGAGCUGCACUCUGCUGCUUAAUGACCCCAUUUCCAGGGGAAACUUUGGAAGCCCUGAUAUUCAGGGAAGCAGGAUCUCCCGAAGGCAGAAGACUGGGGCAGCAGAACCGACCGUGUUUCUCUCUGCUUUCAGCUCAGCCUUCCCUGAUGAAGAUGAGACGCCAUAAACUCUUUCUGACUCUCUGCAUGGCUGGUCUCUGCCUCAUCUCCUUCUUGCACUUCCUCAAGGCCCUUUCCUAUGUCACCUUCCCCAGGGAGCUGGCUUCGCUUAGUCCCAACCUCGUCUCCAGCUUCUUCUGGAACAAUGCCCCCGUCACGCCCCAGGUCAGCCCUGAGCCGGGGGGUGCAGAGUUCCUCCGCACCCCCCUGUACUCCCACUCCCCCUUGCUCCAGCCCCUGUCCCCCAGCAGAGCCAGCGAAGAGCUGCACAAGCUGGAGUUCGUGCUGCCAGAAGACUCAACGGAGUACUUCGUCCGUACCAAAGCCGGCGGCGUUUGCUUCAAGCCAGGCACCAAGGUGCUGGAGAAGGCCCCGGCGGGAGGCCGGCAGGAGGAGCGGGCGGAGGGGGGGGGGGGGGGGGGGGGGGGGGGGGGGGGGGGGCGGCCGGCUCGGAAGCCGCUGAGCGCCGGCGGGGCCAAGCGGCGCAAGUGGGUGGAGUGCGUGUGCCUGCCGGGCUGGCACGGCCCCAGCUGCGGGGUGCCCACCGUGGUGCAGUACUCCAACCUGCCCACCAAGGACCGCCUGGUGCCGCGGGAGGUCCCCCGGCGCGUCAUCAACGCCAUCAACGUCAACCACGAGUUCGACCUGCUGGACGUCCGCUUCCACGAGCUGGGAGACGUGGUGGACGCUUUCGUGGUGUGCGAGUCCAACUUCACCGCCUACGGGGAGCCGCGGCCCCUCAAGUUCCGCGAGAUGCUGCUCAACGGCUCCUUCGACUACAUCCGCCACAAGGUGCUCUACGUUUUCCUGGACCACUUCCCCCCCGGCGGCCGCCAGGACGGCUGGAUCGCUGACGAUUACCUGCGCACCUUCCUCACCCGGGACGGCGUCUCCCGCCUCCGCAACCUGCGCCCGGACGACGUCUUCAUCAUCGAUGAUGCCGAUGAGAUCCCGGCCCGUGACGGCGUGCUCUUCCUCAAGCUCUACGAUGGCUGGACAGAGCCCUUCGCCUUCCACAUGCGCAAGUCGCUCUAUGGCUUCUUCUGGAAGCAGCCGGGCACCUUGGAGGUGGUCUCGGGCUGCACCAUGGGGAUGCUCCAGGCCGUCUACGCUACCGACGGGAUACGUUUGCGGCGCCGCGACUACUACACCAUGCCGGGGUUUCGGCAGUAUGAGAACAGCACAGGACACAUCCUGGUGCAGUGGUCGCUGGGCAGCCCCCUCCACUUUGCUGGCUGGCACUGCUCCUGGUGUUUCACCCCAGAGGGGAUCUACUUCAAACUGGUGUCAGCCCAGAACGGGGACUUCCCCCGCUGGGGUGACUACGAGGAUAAGCGAGACCUCAAUUACAUCCGGGAGCUGAUCCGGACUGGCGGCUGGUUUGAUGGUACUAUGCAGGAGUAUCCCCCUGCUGACCCCAAGGAGCAGAUGUACGCUCCCAAGUACCUGCUCAAGAACUACCAGCGGUUCCGCUACUUGCUGGAGAACCCCUACCGAAAGGUGGAGGGUGCUGGGUGAGAAGCCAAAGCAUCUUCCCUGCCGUACAUGCUUCUGUUGGGGCUGGGAUAA